UCCUACCCCUGCAGAUUACCGCCACAGACACUACUAUUGCCCGGGGUGGGAGGGAGAGGAAGCCAACCAUAGAAUUCACCCAUUCACUGAGGCAACAAGAAAGAAGAAUUCCGUCUCCAAACAACGGGGGACGGCCACGAAUCCAAGCCCUAGUUCCAAAGUUCACUCCCUCGAUUUCUCCGCGCGAUUUCCACCCUGGACCGAGCCUUCUUACUUUUGAAUCCUUUACCAACUCUUCCCAAUUCGAGCUCUCGACUGACCCCUCUAUCCCCAAUUCGAUGCCCCGGUCCCGCAGGUUUCCUUUCCUGACUCUGUUUUUGCUGUCCCCAGUCCGUAUUCGGAGCCCCAAAUUGGCGCUAUUCCGCGCCGAAAGCUGAUCUUUGAGGGGUCUGGAAGAAGUUUAGGUGGUGCUGAGUGGAAAUCCUGGGGCAAGUUCGAUUCUGGAAGAUGGUAUUUUGCUCAGAAAUUGGUGGAUUCACCUGGUGCCAAGUGUUUCAGUAGUCUGGGAGUUCCGAGAUCUUCGUACUAUAAGUCUUUUCUCAUGUAUCACGCCAGCAAAUUUUCAACUGUUUCAAUGGCACCUGACAAUGGCCAAGGCACUGAGCAAGUUGGUAGCAUUGGAAUUUCGGGUGGAUCAAGUGUCAAUAAUCCAGUCAACCCAGGAGGAAGCGGAAAACAACGCUUGCGGUGGACUUCGGAUCUUCAUGACCGCUUUGUUGAUGCAAUCACUCAACUUGGUGGACCAGAUAGUGGGAGCAACUCCAAAAGGUGUUUUAAGAGUAAUGGCUGUACCGGGCAUUACAAUAUAUCAUGUGAAAAGUCAUUUACAGAAGUACCGCCUUGCAAAGUAUUUACCUGAUUCUCCAGCUGAUGGUUCUAAAGAUGAUAAGAAAGAUUCUGGCCAUACCCACUCUGACACGGACUCUGCACCAAGUGCACAAUUUAAUGAAUCCUUGAAAAUGCAAAUGGAGGUACAAAAACGGUUGCAUGAACAGCUUGAGGUGCAAAGGCAAUUGCAGCUGAGAAUUGAAGCUCAGGGGAGAUACCUCCAGAAGAUCAUUGAAGAGCAGCAGAAGCUAAGUGGUGUCGUGCAGAAGCACAAAUCCUCCCUUUCUCUGCCAAUUUCGGACAGCAACAGAAACCCAUCACCACUCAAGAAGCCAAGGACGGCUGUCGUCAAUCAAUCCUCAGAUGCUGCCCAGGAAACACCAAAACAAGAAUCCAAACCUGAUCUCUGCAGUGAUCAUUGUAUCAUCAGUUGUGGUUUUGGAGCAGGAACGAUGCUGGAUGAGGGUACUGGUAGCACUCAGCAGAACCUCCCGAAUGAGGUGGAGGUGGGUACUGAAGAGCUGGGUGUUCACAACUGCUCCGUUGUGAAUCUGUGAUGAUGAGAAUUUGAUUAGGUUUACGUUUUGUACAAUUCAUUUGUACGUGUCAUGCCACUGACAACUUUGAUGGAGAUGCCACUUUGGUUGGUUUCUUAA